AUGUGUACUUUGAUUUUUGCACUGAGAAUAAUGCUUUUUCUUGGGAAUCUGCUUAAAACGCAAGUUUCAGCGACAAGGAUAUUGAUGACUGCUUUCACCAUGGUGCUUGUUUUGAAUCUUCAAAGGGUAAUACCAGAAGUUAUAACAGCGUCAUUUGAGAUAAGACUUUUUCAUUACUUGCACAUCAGUGUUCUGGAAAAAAGACAUGUUGUCGAGCCCAUCGAUUGCAGCUUUGCUUGUCUACAAAAUGUAUUCUGUGUUUCAUUCAAUGCUGCUGCCGUUGCUGAUGGAAAAGGGAAGUAUUGGUGCGAACUUCUGUCGCGUAACAUGCACAGCGAUGCUGCAAAACUAGCGGCAAAUUAUCAAUCACACCACUACAGCCUUUCGCAGGUAUUUGAGAAAUGAUUAGAUCUUUCAAAUUCCCUUUUCUCUUCCACUGAGACUGAAAUAACAAGAAAACCAGAGGUCUUUUGUUGUUUAUGUCAUGGGUUGUUUCACGAUUGAAUUUCCAAUAUAGGUAUUUCAAAAUACUUCGGUUUCAACUUUGUAGCUUAUAGGUUUAUUUGUUAUGCGAUAAGAUGUCCUUUUAAGUAAUUUAUGUAUGCAUUUACUGCUGUUUUAUGUUACUCAUUUAUUCUAUAUUUUUUAGAAUUCUUGCGGCGGUGAAAUCUGCUCGAGUCAAGGGAAGUGUAGAGCAAUAUCCUCUAGAGACGGACCCUUCGAGUGCGUAUGUCAUCCCGGAUAUGUUGGAAAACAUUGUGAAAUUGGUAAAUAGCAAUUUUUUCCAGAUUAAUUUGAAAUUCUCAGAUAGAUGUUAUUUCUCUUGGUGAUUACUCUUACAACUAAAGAUUAAUUAGUGUGUUUCACGUUACAUCCGACGUAACCAUGCAAUCUAGUUUGCUUAUUGUGACAUGAGAUGAGUGCAUGGGAACAGGAAAAAUCAGGUGAAAAUAUAAGGUGGGCGAUAGAGAAAUGAGGCAUCCAUUAAUCUAAGUUCAAUUGAAAUUUGGGAAACUAAAACCAUUCGCAACUUUGUCACCGUUCUUUAUGCAAUUUACUGGCUUUUUCCUACUGUCAACUUCAGCUAGACUUUCUUAUGGAUUAGGCGAGCUCUUCAAGAGUAACUAAUGAUGACACGAUAUUUAGAGCGUAUAGUUUUCCCUUACAUGUAAAGUACCUCUAUUUUAAAGGAACCAUAAACAAUAAUCCAGAAAGAAAGAAAAAGACCACAACGAAAAGGAAAAACUAGAAAGGAUCAUGGGUUUUUAAAGAUAGGGAAGCAGAAGUUGAUAUGGAUUGCAGAUCUUUAACUUAAUAAUGUUGGAAAACCUGUCUCAAUAUGGACACAUCAUUACCUGGGCCCUUAAGUAUUUCUGGUUCUCUAUACCCUACUUCCUUUGAGGUCAGCAAAUAUCUUGUCUGAUUAUAAUUAAUUUUUCAAUGUACAAUCGUAGGAUUUUAACUUUUGUGCUUGUAUUUCAGCUGCACCGGAGUGCUUGAAUCAUAAAGUGCUAAGCGAACCAGAUCGGCACAUAUCCUACGGAAGAGGUCAAAAAGAAGACAGUUCCUUGAUCCCUGGCUGGUACAGAUUCCAGUCCUAUUUAUACGAAAAGAUGCUGAACUAUAGCGUCGGUCAUCACAAAUGCCACUCAGACCUAACAGGCUGGUUAAAAGGCUCACAUCCAUCGAUAGAGAAUGGUAUUGUCGACAGGGAAGUUUGUUUCUUUGGAUACAACAACUGUUGUUACAGAAGAGUUCACGUUCGUGUGAGAAAAUGUAAUGGGUUUUACGUGUAUUUCUUAAAACCAUCUCCUCCAGGAAAUUUCCGUUACUGUGCAGUGUAG